ACCUCGCGGAGCCGCUCUUUUCCGCGCGCUGUAUGAGAGGAUAAGCGGCGGGGAUGGCGGGCGCUGAGGCGGGCGCGGGCCCGGCCGGAGACGAGGCGCCGGCGGCGGCGGCGGCCCUCUCCUCUUCCCCUUCCUCCGCUGCGGCGGGGUCGACGCGGCGCCUGAGCGAGCUGCGGGUGAUCGACCUGAGGGCCGAGCUGAAGCGCCGCAACCUGGACAGCGGCGGCAACAAGAGCGUCCUCCUGGAGCGCCUCCGCAGCGCCAUUGAGGAGGAAGGAGGGAAUCCUGAUGAAAUCCCAGUGGCUUCGGAGAUCACUACCAAGAGAACCCCCAAAAGAACUGUGAAAGGCCGUAAACCUGAGGAAGAAGGUGGCGAUGACAAUGGACUGGAAGAGAACUCAAGAGAUGGACAGGAGGAUAUUGAAGCAAGUUCGGAUAACUUGCAGGAUAUUGACAUGAUGGAUAUUAGCAUUUUAGACGAAGCCGAAAUAGAUAACACCAGUGCCGUGGAUUGUGGAGAUGACUACAGUUCUGAGAACAUUCUUGACUCUGACAAAGACAAUAUUGAUACUGAAAUGAAAGAGCCUCCAGAGCAGCUGAUGGAAAGCGAGGAGAAUGGGGAAGAACUUGAUGACCAGCUCGAUGCUGCUUCACCUGAUUUAGCUGCAGCGAAGGACUUGGAAGAGCAACAUUCAGAGCCAGAAAAUGAGAAAAUGCUCGACAUUUUGGGUGACACUUGUAAAACUGAGCCCCUUAAAGAAGACGCUUCUGAAGCGGAGCGGGCGCAGGAAGCGAAUUCCCCGUUGCCGGGCAAAAAGGCAGCCGAGGACGAGGAAGAUGCGCUUGCCGCCGCCGUUCGUCCGGACGAAGACCUCUUAGAUACGGACAGCCAGUCAGGCCAGGCUGCGGCCCAGACCCAGGAGGAAGAGGAGGAGGAAGAAGAAGCGAAGCACUUAGUGGUAGCGAAAGGGGAGCCGAGCGAACAGACAGUUGAGGAAGCCAAGCUGGACUCUGACUCUUUAGCGGUAGAGAGCAGGAGUGGUGGAGGAGGAGGAGGAGGUGGAGGUGAGAGUAGCAGAGCAGCCCAAACUGUGGAAGCCGAUAGUGAGGAAACUCCGGAGACGGACGCAGGUCCCCAAGUGGUUAGCCAAGAUGCCGAGAAGAUGGAAGCCAAGGCUAAUUGUGAGGAAGAGUCCUCUGCCACUAGAGAGUCCUCUGCCAAAGAGGGUGGUGAUCAGAACACGAGUUCGGAGGAGACCAAAGAUGGGAAAUUGGCUUCAAAAGAAGAGAAAGGUCGCAGUAGCACCAGUUCUGGUCGGAACUUCUGGGUGAGCGGCCUUGCUUCCUCCACCCGAGCUACGGAUUUGAAGAACCUCUUCAGCAAAUAUGGAAAAGUGGUUGGUGCAAAAGUAGUGACCAACGCCCGCAGUCCAGGCGCUCGGUGUUACGGUUUUGUGACCAUGUCCACGGCUGAGGAAGCCACAAAAUGCAUCACCCAUUGCCACAAAACAGAGUUACAUGGGAAAAUAAUAUCUGUUGAAAGGGCAAAAAAUGAACCUGCUACAAAGAAACUUCUGGAUAAAAAGGACAGUGAGGUGAAGAAUGAAGUUUCAGACAGUGAAAGGUCUGCCAGCGUAAAAAAGAACGAGAAGGCUGACCCCAAAGAAGAUGCGAAGAAAGCAGACGAAAAGGAUGAAAAGGGGAAAGAGGAUCAGAAAUCGGGAACUGCAGAUCAGUCUAAGACUGGAAAAUCAGGAAGCAAAGGAACAGAAAGGACUGUGAUAAUGGACAAAUCCAAGGGCGAACCUGUUAUUAGCGUGAAGACAACAAGUAGAUCAAAAGAGAGAAGCGUGAAGAGCCAGGAUCGCAAAUCGGAGAGCCGGGAAAAGAGCAAAGAGAGGCAAGGGAUCGUGCCCUUCAACAAAAUCAGAGAGAGGCGACAGAAAGAAGAACAACGCCGCACCCGUGAACACCAGGCGAAACAGGAGAAACAGCAGCGCCUGCAAGCCAUCUGGGAGCACGAGGAGCGGGAGCGGAUUGACAUCGCCCGGGUGAAGCUGGAGUUUGAGAGGCGGUGUCUGGAGCGGGAGCGGCUGGAGCGGGAGCGGCUGGAGCGGGAGCGGAUCCACAUCGAGCACGAGAGGCGGAGGGAGCAGGAGCGCAUCCAACGGGGGCGGGAGGAGCUGCGGCGGCAGCACGAGCAGCUGCGCUACGAGCAGGAGAGGCGCGUGGCCCCGAGGAGGCCCUACGACGCGGACGGGAGGAGGGAUGACCCGUACUGGCCCGAAGCCAAGCGGAUGGCCCUGGAGGACCGUCACCGCUCGGAUUUUACCCGCCAAGACCGGUUCCAUGACUUUGAACACCGAGAUCGCGGGCACUACCAAGACCAUUCACUCGACAGGAGAGAAGGGUCACGAGGAAUGAUGGGAGACAGAGACGGACAGCGCUACAGUGACGAACGGCACGGGGGACCAGAUCGACACUCUCGGGAUGGCUGGGGAAGCUAUGGUUCAGAUAGGCGCAUGAGCGAGGGGCGGGGAAUACCCCCACAGUCACGGGAUGGCCGUGACUGGGCAGAUCACACUAGAAAAUUCGAAGGCCCCCCGGAUCGCUCCUGGCAAAGCAACAGCGACGGGGAACCAGUGGGGCGGGACCAGGAGCGGUGGCGAGGUGGGGGCAGAGGGCGACGUGGCCACUUCAUGCCGCGAGGCAGAAUGUCUGGGAGGGGGGGAUUCAUGCAGAGCGAUCCGCAGGGCCAGGCAUCGCCCGGCGAAGGCUUCUCGGGACAGGACAGGUUCAGCCGCCGCUAUUGAAUGUUUUAGCAUUUUUUUAACUGUACAAAUGGCAACAGAGACGCGGGGAGAUGGG